AUGAUGGGUUCGCGAGGUGAAAGCUUAAGGGGAUGGGGCGCAACGGCUAUGCAAUUAGGGCAGUCAUGGUGCGGCGGAGGUGAGUACUCACGGUCGCGCGAUUACCUGGACCCGCGGGAGCAUGAAUUCGCUACAGUGAGGGAGCAAACGGCGGAGGCUGCAGGGGAUUUGGGCUCGCGGUUGCCAGGGGUGCUUGUCACGAUGGCCUCUGGAGGUGCGGGGAGGAGGCUUGCAGCGGCGGCGCGACGAGGUGACGAGGCGCGGUGGAUGAGAUUGUCUUCUGAGUAA